AUGAGUGAGGACCAAACACUUGUUUUAUCACGAGAGGAAGAAGCUGGCAAGUUAUUAUUAAAGAAUUUCGAUAGGGGACAGUUUCCCUUAGCAUCUGAUCAAACUUGCGUUCCGGUUUUUAUUAAAUUCAAAUUUCGGCGCUCCCUACGAUGGGAUUUUGUGACGCGAACAGAAAGUAUAUUCCGCGAAGCAUCAGACACUAAAUGCACCUGUUCGCGUCACAAAAUCAAUGCGUUGGAGAGGGCAGUAAUUAGUUUGGCUGGCGGCGUCACCAAACUGACGAAUGUUCAAGAGGCUAAAUUAAAAAAUAAAAGUUAA